AAUUAACAUGCCUAUAUAACUCCCUGUCACUAUAGUCUCUCUGUCUGUUAUCAAGAUUGACUACAAUGAGUUCAACACAAGACACAACAAUAAAGACCAGCCUUCUUCAGCUGGAAUGUCAUUUCACCUGGGCUCUGAAUAAAAAUGAUCUAGAUCUCACUGAUCUUCUGAACAGGCUAGAAGAAGACCAUAAACUGAAACAUGAAAGCAAGGCACGAGUUGCACGCACACACAGCUGUGUGGGAUUUGUAAAGUUUCUACUAAGCUCCAAUACUGAGGCUCUCAACUACUUUGAGAGAUCCGUAGAGCUAACUAAGUCUCAUGGAAAUGAGUGUGACAAGCUGCUUGUUGUUGUCUAUGGAGACCUUGCAUGGUUACACUAUCAUAUGGGUAAUUUGGCAGAGUGUGAAAGCUACCUGAAUAAGCUGAGUGAGAUUAAAGUGAAAUAUCCAUCUGUCCCCUAUGCUGAGGUGCUUGGAGAGAAGGGAUGGACCUUCCUUAAGUUUUCUCGCAAAUAUUAUGAAAGGGCUAAAGAGUGCUUCAAGAAGGCCUUAGAGCUGGAGCCAGAUAAAGGUGACUGGAAUUCUGGCCUUGCAGUUACUCUUUAUCGAAUAGAGGAUAUUCUCCAAGAUACAUCUGGUUCAACUGCAAUUGAUCAACUUAGACGGGCCAUAGUCAUUGAUCCAGAUGAUGAUGUUCUUAAAGUUCUGCUUGCUCUUAAAUUGCCUUCUCACAAGAAGUACAGUGAGGCAGAGAGCCUAGUAGAACAUGCUUUAGAGAGAUCUCCAGAACACCCACAUGUGAUUCGAUAUGCUGGGAAAUUUUUUUGGAGUCAAGUCUCUGUGGACAGGUCCAUUGACCUUCUAAAGAGAGUAUUAGAGAAAGUCUCCAACUCAUCCUUUAUACACCAUCAGCUGGGGCUCUGCUAUAAGAAAAAAAUCCUGAAUCUGAAGCAAGCAGGAAGCCACCACACAGAAGUUGCUGAAAUUAAUCGAGCUCAAACCCAGUGCAUCUACCACUUGGAAAUGGCAACUGAAAUGAAUCCCAGCUUCAUCAUUGCUAUGAGUGAACUGGCCCUUCAGUAUGGGUGGAACCAGGAACUGUCAAGAGCAGAAGAAAUGUUUCAGAUUACAUUUCAAGUAGCUGAAGAAAAAAAUGAUAACUACCAGUUUGUUCAAAGGUAUUAUGCAGAUUUUCAGCUAAACUGCAUGAGAUGUGAAUCUGCUGCCAUCAAACAUUACAUUGAAUGUCUGAAGAUAAAUCGAAAACAAUACGAAGGGACGAAAAGUGCUGAACGACUGGAAAGGAUUGCAAAAAGAAGAAUUAAAAACAACCCAAUAGAUGGAGAAGCCUAUGGAAUACUUGGAAUCAUUCACAAGGAAAAAGGAGAAAAGCAACAAGCCAUAGAGUGCUUUGAGACGGCGCUGAGCUUUGUAGAUAAUGAGGAUUACCUCAGUGAUCUUUGUGAACUUAGGCUUUCAUUACAGUAACAUUACCAACAUACUAUGUGAAACACAGUCAGUAUUUACACAUGCAUGACAUUUAAUAGCGACAAUAUAGUAUCUGUAAUAAUAUAAGAACUGUGGAUAAAGCACUAAAUUUAAGCUUCGCACACCAAGAAACACAGUGCAUCAAACACACCAAACACAAAAACAACAAAUAACCAUUUAAUAUCAUUGAUAACCAUCUCAACUCAACUCUAAAAAGUGCUAUACAAAUAAACUUGAAUUGAAUUGAAAUCAUAUUUGCAUUCAUAAGGACACUCACACUAAGUUGUUGUAAGAAUAGGUCAGAAUGGAGUUGUAGGAUUCAUAAAUCCCCCUUGACCCAAAGCUAAACCUCAACCAAGACAUUCCUGUCCAAAGUGAACAAAAACAAAUAAGAAAGGUAAAAAGGAAGAGUCAUAGAGAAGGUAAACGGAAAAGGAAAGAGGAAAAAAAAGCAACUGAUGUUUGCUAAUAAACUUAUGAAAGUAGAAAACUUGGUUACAGAAAUGAAACAAUUGAAUAUGAAUUAAAUACAAUUACGAUUCCAAUUGCCAUAAAUGCUACUGCAAGAUUGCAGAGGAUCAGACGCUGUACCUAGACAGCUGGAAGAAGAUUCCAACUGACUAAGAAGAUUUAUGCGAUAAUAAGUUUUAUUUUUCAGAAGUUCAAGAGAGCUCUGAUCGCUUUUAUUUACAUUUUUGUGUAUCCUUUUUCUAUAACUGAAAUAUAUAUUUAAAUGUUGAAUGUGGCUAGAAGAAAAUAGAACAUGCUGUUCCAUAUAAUCACAGGAUGUUGUAAGCCUAUCUGAUGUAAAUCUCUGAUGUGCAUGAUAUGAUAUGUGCAAGGGUGUGCAUUCUACUAUAGGCAAGCUUAUGCUUAGUUACUGUACUACAUUUGUAUUGCUUAAGUAUUGUGCAUCAGAUGCACAAAUGCAGGCUAACACUUGGAUAGUGUAUCUUGGUUUGUUACUAUCUUUGCAUUUUAAUUACUUUUAC